AUCUUUUAUUAAUCUUUUCCCGUUAUGAGUCAAAAGGAGAAUAGAAUCAUUACUUCAACGGAAAAUGUUUUAGGUUAUGAAGCUAUUGAAAGAACGCCUUCAACUCAACAAGUGGAGAAAGAAAAUGAAAAGAUAGAAAAGAAAUUAGUAAGAAAGAUUGAUUUAAAAUUAAUUCCUUGGGUCUCUAUUCUAUACUUGUUAUUAAGCUUAGAUAGGAAUAAUAUAGGCAAUGCUCGUCUUGGAAGUUUGGAAAAGGAUUUAAAUUUAGUAGGAAAUGAUUAUUACACAGCCUUGACGAUCUUUUUUGCUGGUUACGUUAUUUUCCAUAUUCCAUCGAAUUUACUGGUAAAGAUAUUAAGACCUUCACAUUGGAUUUCUAGUACAAUGAUAUUGUGGGGCAUUUGCUCUUUAUGUCAAGCAUUUACCCAUAAUGCAGCUGGUUUAAUUGCUUGUAGAUUCUUUUUAGGUAUCUUUGAAACAGGUGUAGGCCCAUCUACACCUUUGUUUCUUUCAUUUUGGUAUCAAAGAAAUGAAUUAGCAACCAGAGUUGCUAUCUAUUUUGGAUCAGCUACGAUAGCUGGGGCAUUUGCAGGAGCUAUUGCAUAUGGUGUAUUAUCUACUUUAGAAAAUGCACAUGGACUUGCAGGAUGGAGAUGGCUCUUUAUUGUAGAAGCUAUUCCUACAAUUCUAUUUGGAUUAAUGAGUUUUGUUGUUUUACCUGAUACACCAGAAACAACAAAGGCAGGACGUUGGUUAAGUGCUCAUGAACGAGAAAUAGCGAUUCAAAGAAUAAAAAAGAGUGGUAAUAUAGAUGAUAAACUAUUUGAUAAAAAGCAAUUUAUAGCUGCUUGGCUUGAUUAUAAAGUAUGGUUUUCAGUGUUGAUAUACAUUGGCUUAAAUAUUUCACUUGCUAGCUUUGCAGUAUUUUUACCUACUCUAAUUCGUGAUAUGGGAUUUAGCUUAUUAAAUGCACAAUUACUUACUAUUCCACCCUAUGUUAUCGCUUGUUGUCUUGUCUUUAUUGUUUCUUGGAAUUCAGAUAGAACACUUCAACGAGGGUAUCAUGUUAUGAGUGUUUGUAUCAUCGGUAUUCUCGGUUAUCUGUUUCUAUUAACGAGUAGUAGUAGUAGUAGUAGCCAUGUAGGACUCCGUUACACAGGAGCCAUUUUGGUUGCCUGUGGUAUUUAUCCUAUCAUUCCACUUACCCUUUCCUGGGUCUCUAACAACCAAUUAGGACAUACGAAAAGAGGUGUAGCGAUCGCUAUGACAAGCAUGAUGGCUCAAUGCUUUUCUAUGCUGGGUACACAAAUCUAUCAUUCAGAGGAUGCGCCUCGAUAUAGUCGAGGACAUACCAUCUGUCUUGUCUUUUUGGUUUUAACUGCUUGUUCUGCUGCCAUCUUAAGAUACUUGCUUGCACGAGAAAAUAAAAGAAGAGAUAAAGUCUAUGGUAAAAAUGAAGCUCUAAUUGAUAUGUCGCUUAUAGAUAUAGAUGGUGUCUAUGAUAAACAUCCUCAAUUUAGAUAUGCUUUAUGAUAUUUAUAAAUGUAUAUAAUAUGUUUAUUAUAAAUUAUGAUGAUUACUUUAUCUAGUAUGAUGAAAUGAAAUGAAAUAAAAAAAAAAAAAAAUACAAAUAUAUAUAUUUGUAUAUCUAUAUAUUUAUGUGUAUAUAUUUAUAUGCAAUAAUGAUAAUUUUUUUUUUA